ACGGCUUCUAGUUGGAAGUGUCCCUCGAUAAACGAUUCGACAAUAUCAGGGUUUGAGUUGGUAUCAGGAGUAAAUAAAGUGUACAGUAGCAAGGAGCAAGGGGAACCAUUUACCUGACAAUAAUACACGUUCCUUUUUCUCAUGAUACAUUAGAACGUCAACACUUUUUUCAUUCUGAUCUUAUCACAGCCUUCAAUCUCUUGGAACAGUUUUAUCAACUAGGAAUUUUUGUGACAAAUGUAAGAAGUGGUGUGAAAUUCUAAGUUUUUGUUGAGGAUUUUGGUGUCAGGGUUGUGCCUGAAAGUAAGAGUAAAUGUUUGUAACGGAUCAAGAAACGACUAGCCCAAUGAAGGAAGAAUCUCUAUCUUCCCAGUUAUCUGCUGUCAGGAAUUGGAUGCAGCCGACAGUUUUAGAUCAAAAUGGGAGUGUGGGAUUAAGUCGUGCACAUUUUGAAAAACAACCACCAAGUAAUUUAAGAAAGAGUAAUUUCUUUCACUUUGUACUGGCAUUAUAUGACAGACAAGGUCAACCAGUUGAAAUAGAGAGGACAGCUUUCAUAGAUUUUGUAGAAAAAGAUCAGGAACACGAAUCACAAAAGACAAAUAAUGGAAUCCACUACAGAUUACAACUAUUAUUCGCUAAUGGUGUACGACAAGAACAAGAAAUUUAUGUUCGACUCAUUGAUUCAGUAUCGAAACAGGCUAUCAUAUAUGAAGGGCAGGAUAAAAAUCCAGAAAUGUGUCGUGUUUUAUUAACACAUGAAGUAAUGUGCAGUCGAUGUUGUGACAAGAAAAGUUGUGGAAACAGAAAUGAAACUCCAUCAGACCCCGUCAUUAUUGACAGAUUCUUCCUCAAAUUCUUCAUGAAAUGUAACCAGAAUUGUUUAAAGAAUGCCGGUAAUCCACGAGAUAUGAGACGUUUUCAGGUAGCAGUAUCUACAUCAGUGGCAAUCGAUGGGCCAUUAUUAACUAUCUCAGAUAAUAUGUUUGUACACAACAAUUCUAAACAUGGUAGACGGGCUAGGCGAUUAGAUCCUACUGAAGGAGGUGAUCUUCGUUUCUCACAUUUACGACCAAAGUUGUCUCCCUUUGCUGCAACAACUCCUUGUAUUAAAGCUAUUUGCCCUAGUGAAGGAUGGACUAGUGGUGGUACAACUGUCAUUAUAAUUGGUGAUAACUUCUUUGAUGGUUUACAAUUGGUGUUUGGUACCAUGUUAGUCUGGAGUGAGUUGCUGACGUCUCAUGCAAUACGUGUACAGACGCCACCUCGCCAUAUCCCUGGUGUUGUAGAGGUCACAUUGUCAUAUAAAUCAAAACAGUUCUGUAAGGGUGCUCCAGGUCGAUUUGUAUAUACAGCUUUAACUGAACCUACAAUAGAUUAUGGUUUCCAGAGAUUAAUGAAAUUAGUUCCAAGACAUCCAGGUGAUCCUGAAAAAUUACCAAAGGAAAUCAUAUUGAAGCGGGCAGCAGAUUUAGCGGAAGCGUUAUAUUCCAUGCCUAGAAACCACAAUCAGUUAUCACUACCUGCACCCCGUUCACCGGCCAUGAAUAACACGUCACCAAUGUCAGGAUUCAAUGCCUACCCUAGCCAGUUAGCUGUCAGUGUAGGCAGUGUGGCAGAUACAGCUUCCGGUCAGUGGGAAGAAGGUUGGUGUCUGAAACGAACCUCCAGAAGUUACAAUAGAAGUCAAAGUUCAAGUGUUUCUCCUAGAGGAUAUGGCUCUAAUGGUUCAACACCUCAUAGUAAUGGUAGUUAUACUAGUACACCAGCCAUGAAUGGUUAUCAUCAUGGGGGUGGAGCACUUGGGAAUAUGGUUAAUGCACCCCAUUCGCCGCCUAUGCAUAAUAUAGGAUCACAGGGAUUGGGGUCGUGUACACCAGGAAUCUUUUCCUUCUCACCUGCCAAUAUGAUCACAGCCGUCAAACAAAGAAGUGCUUUCGCUCCCGUCUUAAGAGGGGGGAAUAGUCCCCCACCAACCUUUCCUGGUAUCCAAACUAGCGGUUGGGCACAUCCUCUCAUACACGUUAGUAUUAUUUCAACAUCCCUUCCAUCAAAUGCCUUAAAGGUAUCCUACUAG